AUGGAUAUUUCCGAAGAGAUAACUGAUGACGAGGACUUCUUAGAAUUAAUUAACAUCGUAUAUGUACCCAGAAAUCAUGCCCUCACGCCAGAUGAUAUGGUCUUUGUUACGCUACGUUACCUUGCAACUGGGUCCUUUUUGCAAGUAAUAGGGGAUGUACAAGGAACGGCAAGCAGGGUUGUGGUGAAAGUUAUGAAAUCAUUAGCAGUCCAUUUUAGAGAAUUAAUAAAAAUGCCUGAAAAUGGCGAAAAGAGAACUGUGAUACGUCAAGAAUUUGUUAAUAUUGCUAGAUUUCCUAGAUGCAUAGGAGCUUUAGACUGCACCCACUAUAAAAUUAAAUCUCCAGGUGGUGCAAACCCAGAGAAUUAUAGGAAAAGGUUUCUUUUCCUAUAA